UGACAGUAUGCUGUUUGAGCCUGACGCUAUCAGAUCAGUCAUAAGAAAUUGUUGUUACUUUACAUGUUUGUCCACCGCUUUCGUAUUUUUAUAAGCUGAUAGUGAGCAAACCAUGCACCCUGAUCUUCCAAAUGGCUAGUUUAAACGUUGCAGAAUGGACCCCGGAUCAAGUGGCAGACUGGCUUUCAGGGCUGGGGCCCACGGUGUCCCGCUAUAUUCCCGAGCUCCGGCGCCGACAGCUAGACGGCGCCAAGCUGCUAACCCUGAGGUGCGAUGACCUGGAAUACCUGGGGAUGCACAUCAUCGGCCAUCAAGAGUUGUUACUAGAAGCCGUCGAACACUUACGCAACUUUCAAUACGAGUGCCGGCGCGAGUGCGUGCAACAGCUGGCCGUGCGCGUGUCGGCGCGGGCCGCGUCGCUGGCGCGCUCGCUGCGGCCGCAGCCCGACGCGCGGCUCGACACGCCGGCGCUGGCCGACGUCGCUUCCUUUGUGCGCGCGGUGAAGCCGCUGGUGUGCUGGCUGGAGCGGCGCGGCGCGGGCGGGCUGGCGGAGCGGCGCGCGGCGCUGCUGCGGCUGGCGCUGGAGGCCGCCACCAGCGCGCAGCGCGACCGCUUCGCCGAGCUGCCCGCGCGCGCCGUGGCCGCCUCCGCCGCCGCCGCCGCGCUCAGCGCCGACUACAUCAUACAGGACGUAUGCGACCCGAUGAUCCUUCAGCCCGCGACCAUCGAGUCUGUGACCCUCCGCCAGGGGGAGAAACCGCUGGGCUUCGACGUGGUCCCGUCCUUCUGCGGACACCACCAGAUAGCGGACAUCCGGUUCGGCUCCCCCGCCCACGCUUCCGGUGCCGUGCACGAGACUGACGAGAUCGUACAGGUGGGCGGGUCGUGCGUGGUGGGGUGGGCGGGCGCGGCCGUGCUGGCGGCGUGCGCGGCGGCGGCGCGGGCGCGGGGCGAGCUGCCGCUGCGGGUGCGGCGGAGGGCGCCCCCCGCGCCCGCCGCGCUGGCUACGCCCCGGCUGCAUCGCCUGCGCGCGCCCGCUUUACACAGAUACUCCCCGCCGGUGCCGCCCGCGGCCGCGCCGAGCGCCGCGUCGCCCGCGUCGUCGGACAGCGAGCUGUCGCCGCCCGCCUCGCCCACCAUGCAGCUCUCCAUCACCAGGCUGUACCCGCCGCCGCCGCGCGCGCCGCCGCCGCGCCGCCACAGCACGAGCGGCGCCAGCCCGCGCGCCGCGCGCCGCCGCCGCGCGCUGCACCAGUUCUGGCAACAGCUGCGUGAAGACCGCUGGCAGCGCGGCGGCAGCACGGCACACAGUCCCGACGAAGACCACGCCUUCUACAGGAGAGAUAAGGCGGUGUCAUGCAGCACUGGAUUGGAGCUAUCCCCGCGCCCGCUGACGUGCCCGGGGCCGGCCCCCGCUCCCCCCGCGGCCGCCGCCCCCGCCCCCGCCCCCGCCCCCGCCCCCGCCCCCGCGGCCCCCGCGUCGCCGGCGGCGCGCGGCAAGCUGGACAAGAGCCACUCCACGCCCGCGUACGACACCUCGCCGCCGUCGCCCGCGCGCCUCGCCGCGCAGCCCAUCCCCGAGGUCAGCACGCCCACAAACAGUCCGACGAUCCUCGUGCACUCCGCGGAGAAGGCCGACCAGAUCUUGGACUUCAAAAAAUCGAGUUCAGCCAUCGGAGAGGCUAUUCUGCAACAGCAGAAAUCCCGCGCGACAGACGACCGCACGCAGUUCCCGUUCGGCGACGGCGCCGACGCCGACAACGCCGACAACGACACCGACACCGACAACGCCGACACCGCCCGCGUGCUGGAGACCGUCAACAUCGCCAUGAUGGAGCACCGCCGCCGCUCGCUGCUGCAGGACGACAAGCCUAACAGGCCGCCUCCCCCUCCCCCGCGGCCCGCCGCCCGCGCGCCCGCGUCCCCCCCGCUGUACCCGCCGCUGCGCGUGCUGCCCCGCGCGCCGCCCGCCGCCGCGCACGCCGACCACUCGCCGCUCAGGAAACACAUCGACGCUAACCAGGUGCGUGUGCCUUGUAGCAGCCCCCCCCAGCCCCCCGCUCCCCCCCGCUGUACCCGCCGCUGCGCGUGCUGCCCCGCGCGCCGCCCGCCGCCGCGCACGCCGACCACUCGCCGCUCAGGAAACACAUCGACGCUAACCAGGUGCGUGUGCCUUGUAGCAGCCCCCCCCAGCCCCCCGCUCCCCCCCGCUCAGCCCCCCCCAGCCCCCCGCUCCCCCCCGCUGUACCCGCCGCUGCGCGUGCUGCCCCGCGCGCCGCCCGCCGCCGCGCACGCCGACCACUCGCCGCUCAGGAAACACAUCGACGCUAACCAGCAGCCCCCCCCAGCCCCCCGCUCCCCCCCGCUGUACCCGCCGCUGCGCGUGCUGCCCCGCGCGCCGCCCGCCGCCGCGCACGCCGACCACUCGCCGCUCAGGAAACACAUCGACGCUAACCAGCAGCCCCCCCCAGCCCCCCGCUCCCCCCCGCUGUACCCGCCGCUGCGCGUGCUGCCCCGCGCGCCGCCCGCCGCCGCGCACGCCGACCACUCGCCGCUCAGGAAACACAUCGACGCUAACCAGCAGCCCCCCCCAGCCCCCCGCUCCCCCCCGCUGUACCCGCCGCUGCGCGUGCUGCCCCGCGCGCCGCCCGCCGCCGCGCACGCCGACCACUCGCCGCUCAGGAAACACAUCGACGCUAACCAGAUUUCGCUCCCCCUCCGUCACCUAACGAAGCACGAGAUCAAACUUCUCCCCUCCGAGCGACGCGAGCUGCCCCCGCUGAACCAGGAGGAGUCCCCCGUGACCCCCGCAACGCCCGCGUCCCCCCGCGACGGGGACGUGGUGUUGUCCCCCGCGCACACCCCCGCCUCCAACAAAAGCAUCUUCCCUACUUCAAAGUCGAGGAGUUUGAAGAAGAAGAGCUCCAUUUUAGCGAAGCGUCGCGGAGUUCCGGCGCGCGCGCUGGCGGCGCGAGCGGCGAGCGGCGGAGUGUGGCAGCGGGUGCGCGCGCACGCCGCGCCGCGCUGGGCGCGCCGGCACCUGCUGCUGGCGCACAACCUGCUGUACGCCUACCGCGCGCCGCAGAGCGAGCGCGCGGACUGCAUGAUCUACCUGGAGGGCUGCACGGUGUCGGCGGCGCGCGAGGUGAAGUCGCGCGAGCACGCCUUCAAGGUGUACCACACGGGCACCGCCUUCUACUUCGCCUGCGACUCCGCCGACGCCAUGCACACCUGGAUCCAGCUCAUCCACCGCGCCACGCUGCUGCCGCCGCUGCACACCGACCAGACAGACAUAUCAAAACAGUUCUCCGAAACCGACUACUCUGAAACGGAAUCCGACCCCGAGUCCUCCGAGCGGCGGAGCGACAAGGACAGGGACAAAGAGAAAGACAAGUCCAAGUUCGGGUCCCUGAAGAAGUUGGCUCACAGGUCGGGCCGGAGCGAGUCCCAGGAGAACGUGCACGCCGCGACCUCUUUGGAUAGGAAGUAUCUGAGGUUCUUCUCCAGGCACAAGAGCAAGGACGAGGCGAAGCCCGCUAAGCCAAAACAGUCAGGCGUGCCCGUGCCCACCGAGCACUACCGCAGCUACCGCCGGCCCGCAGAACGAGCCGAGCGCGCCGAGCACGCCGAGCACGCCGAGCACGCCGAGCACGCCGAGCACUCUGAGCAAGCGCGGCUGCCGGCGCCCAUCAACUACAUCCACGCCUCCAACCCCAACCUGCUGGACUUCGACAAGAGCGACUUCGUCACCAAGCCGGCCAUCACCGUGCCCAAGCAGAAGACGCAUAAGCCGGACAAUCUUAUCGGAUUCGUGACCCUGGAAGAGUUCAUGUUGAAGAAGCAAGAGGAGGAGCGUCAGCAAGUGUACACCAACCGCGUGCUGAUGGGCGUGGAGCGCGACCGCGAGGGCCGCGACAGCCGGCGCGCCGCCAAGGAGCUGCAGCGGCGGCUGGACCGCAUCGUGCCCGACGUCAUCUACGGGGAGCUCCCCGGGGAGCUCCGCGCCCUGGCGCAGCGCCCGCUGCCCGACAUACAGCAAGCGGCGGCGUCCCCGGAGCGAGGGCCGCGCAGACCCAGCGACCCGAAGCCCAUUUCCGUCAGAGGAGCUGAUGGGUACGAGAAGAUAGUGUAUCCGUCAGAGGCCCCUGCCGCGCCCGCCGGCUGGCGGGAGUCGCUGCGACGCCUCGACCGCGUGCACUCGGGGGGCGGCGCGGGGGCUGCGGGGGGCGGCGCGGGGGGAGCGGCGGGGGCUGCGGGGGGAGGGGCGGGCGGAGAGGGGGUCGCGCGGCUCCGGCUCAUGUUCGGGGGGAAGCACGGGGCGCAGCAGCCCCCCCCUCCCCGCCGCGACGCCGCGCCGCGCGCGCAGUACCCGCACCUGCAGUGCCCGCCCACCUUCCAGCCCGAGACCUACUCGCUCGCCCGCCUCGCGCCGCGCGGGCGGCAGCGGCCCGCCUAGCGCGCCGACAAUCAUAAUGUCUCACUUUAUUCAUUAAAAUUACUUUUUAUUUACUACAUAAAUUUUUGUCGUAAUACAUAUGAACCUGCGGUCAACGAAUUUGUAUGAGAAAGUAAAAAGUUUAUUUAACUUUUUGCUAUUUCUUUUCCUGAAAACUAACUCAGUUUUAUCGACUAUGAAAAAUUUCUUAACCAAUAAAAUUUUACCC